UUGCACGAGGACACACUCGUGGACCUUUGGCAACAGUUCGCUUCUGAUUUGACUUGUUUAAUUUGACAUAGAUAAAAAUUCGGGAUGGACACUGAUAUAGAUACAGUUCCUGGUGCUAGCACAUCAACGGAGAAUAAAGAUAACACAGAUUCUUUCAUAAAGGUAAAGUCUAAAAGGAGUCAGAAACGAAAACGUGAACAAGAUGGAGUGGACAUGGACACAGGGGAGCCCGUGAGAGCUAAGCGGCCGCAGUUUCCACCGAUUUCAAGCGACCAUUUAAGGGGACCAAAUGAGAUGCGUAAAAUCCCUGUUCCAGCUCACAGAUACACCCCGCUGAAGGAAAACUGGCUAAAGAUCUUCACCCCCAUCGUAGAAAAUCUUCAUCUUCAAAUCAGAUUCAACCUGAAAACUAGGAAUGUUGAAAUCAAAACAUGCAAAGAAACACAGGACAUUAGCGCACUCACAAAGGCAACAGAUUUUGUUAAAGCGUUUAUUCUGGGGUUCCAGGUUGAAGAUGCCCUCGCUCUCAUCAGAUUAGACGAGCUUUUCCUAGAAAGCUUUGACGUCACGGACGUGAAACCUCUGAAGGGAGACCACUUAUCCAGAGCCAUUGGAAGAAUAGCAGGGAAGGGAGGAAAAACCAAAUUCACCAUUGAAAAUGUCACAAAGACUCGCAUUGUGCUCGCAGACACAAAAGUUCACAUAUUGGGAUCGUUCCAGAAUAUCAAGAUGGCCCGGACAGCGAUAUGCAACCUAAUCUUAGGAAGUCCACCUUCAAAGGUCUAUGGGAACAUCAGGGUGGUGGCCAGCAGAGCGGCAGAGAGAUUCUGAAAGCCGAGUGGUUGCUCUGUGCAUUUCUCUUCACCCACUGACUGGUUUUAUUGCCACUUUGAUGAGCCAAGACUGCUGACUGACCCCUCAGGCUCUGCUGUAAUGGCUCAUGUGUCCAGUGUUCACUUUUUUGGAUCAUAUGGCACUAAGUAUGUGGGGACAGUGCUGAGACAUGUGUCAACAGAAUGCAGAAAUCUGAAAAUAUGAGUCUGUGUAAAUAAAUAAAUCUCCACUAAAGAAUGAGUUCAGUUCUGUCACUCAGAUGUACAAGAUGUCUGCUUAAUUCAUUAAUACUGAUGACUGUGUGCUGCUCCCUGGCAAUUCAUGUUUCUAUUUAUGAUACAAUCCUGUUUAAUGACAAACUGAAGAGAAAUGAGGUAAAAAAAAAAUAAAAACACGUUUCAAAGUUUAUUUAAAUUUAAUUUUCAUACAGUAUCAAGUUUCCAACAGUCCCACAGCAUAAGAUGCAGCAUGCAGAAAAAGGAAAAAAGAUUCUCAAACUUAAAUCUUUUCAGAUAUCCCCACACAAACUAAAAAGAACCCAAGUCCCUCAGAGAAGAAGUAGCACUUACAAACUAAAGCGCGGUCUGAACUAUACAGAGAACAGAGAGCCAGAACUGCAUUUAACAAAUACUUAUAUACAAAAGAAAGGGAAAAAAAAACCAUCAAAAUUUCCCCUUUAAGCUGAGUACAGUGUGUGGCAGUUUGAGACAGGAUCAGAUAUGCAACCUUUACUGGAAUAGAAGCAUCUCGCUGACCCGAGUAAAAUACAAAAAGUUACGUGUAGUUCAGUUCAUUUGGAUUACCUCUCAUAAUGUGUACAUUUACCAAAGUUUGGCAACAUCCAUAUUGUAUACCAUUAAAUUUUUAAAUAUAUUAACAUCACCAUCCAUGUGUAAACAAGAGGAUUAUUUCAAAAAAUUGAUCUACAUGCACAACAAAAAUUAUACUUCCAUGUCAUGCAAGCACAGGGAGGCCCAAGCCGUGCAGAGCUUUGGGAUUAGGGACAACAGAGUACUCCAGAUUCACAUCUCUGACUGAACACUCCUGUUCCAACGAGCACUCGGCCUCCAAAGCAAAACAAAGCUAUCCUGAUGCCAAGUAUCGUAGGAAGCAUUUUUCCCUUAGAAAUUAAAAUUUGGUUGAAUUUAUGUUUUGGAGGGGGAGAAAUGAGGUGAUUCUGACAGGAAAAAAAAAAGGUGGGAGAAGAAGCCAACUUUUGAAAUGUACAUGUUCCAGAAAAAAAA